AUGCUAUACUUUUGGAGGGCUUUACGGAAUAAUAGAGCAUUAGUGUCGAAGAAUUUGUUUAGAAUGUCCACAGCAACAAACGUGAAUGUUAUUACCAAGGGCUUGCAGAAGAUGGGAAUAGAGCAGCCUGAUACCGUCAAAGAUUCAUAUCCUGAUUAUAAUGUAGUCGAUGUAUUUAGAAACUACAUAACCAAAGAAUUGGAGAGAUUAACUGGAGUCGACAAGGGGCUUAUAUUUGAAUGCUUGGAUACUCCUUCUACGUUGGAUAAGGGUGAUCUUCUUGUCCCUAUUCCUAGGCUCAGAAUCAAAGGUAUCAAUCCUAAAGAAAAAGCUGUCGAAUGGGCAGAAAGCUUUGACAAGGGGAAAUUCUUAGGGGAAGUCAAGGCAGAAGGACCAUUUUUGCAAUUUUUUUUCAAUCCCAGUCUCCUUUUCGAUUUAGUCAUUAAAGACAGUUUGACAAGAACUACAGAAUAUGGGUCAUUACCCCUUGGUGUUGGCAAAAAGUUAGUUAUUGAGUUUUCAUCACCCAAUAUUGCAAAACCUUUCCAUGCUGGGCAUUUGAGAUCGACUAUAAUAGGAGGCUUCUUGGCCAACUUAUAUGAGAAACUUGGUUGGGAUGUUGAGAGAAUCAACUAUUUAGGAGACUGGGGUAAGCAGUUUGGAAUAUUGGCAGUUGGAUUUGAUAAGUACGGAGUAGAGGAAGAGUUUGAAAAGGAUCCUAUCAACCAUUUAUUUGAAAUUUAUGUGAAGGUUAACAAAGAUAUUGAAGCUGAAGGAGAAAAUUCUCCAACUGAUGCACAGGCUAGGGAAUAUUUCAAAAGAAUGGAAGAUGGCGAUGAAAACGCAUUGAAAAACUGGAAAAGAUUUAGGGAUCUUUCCAUAAAGAAAUACGUUGAUACCUAUGCUCGUCUUAAUAUCACAUAUGAUACAUACUCCGGUGAGUCUCAGGUUUCGCAAUCAUCAAUGAAAGAAGUCACUAACAUGUUUGCCAAAAAGGGUUUAAUUCACGAGGACAGAGGUGCAAAACUUAUUGAUUUGACCAAAUUUAACAAAAAAUUGGGCAAAUGUUUAGUCGAAAAAUCCGAUGGUACGUCCUUGUAUUUGACUCGUGAUGUUGGCGAAGCAAUUAAGCGUUACGAGACAUAUAAAUUUGAUAAAAUGAUUUACGUGAUUGCCAGUCAACAAGAUUUACAUGUCGCACAAUUUUUUGAAAUAUUGAAGCAGAUGGGCUUGCCUUGGGCAAAGAACUUAGAGCAUGUCAAUUUCGGUAUGGUUUUAGGUAUGUCAACAAGAAAGGGCACUGUCGUUUUCUUGGAUAACAUUUUGGAAGAGACUAAAGAAAAGAUGCAUGAUGUCAUGAAGAAAAAUGAGUCAAAAUAUGCUCAAAUUGAGGAUCCAGACAAGAUUGCUGACCUCGUUGGUAUAUCAGCAGUCAUGAUUCAAGAUAUGCAAUCGAAGCGUAUUAACAACUACGAGUUCAAGUGGGACCGAAUGACUUCAUUCGAAGGUGACACUGGUCCCUACUUACAAUAUGCUCACUCACGUUUGAGUUCUGUUGAAAGAAAAGCUGGUAUCGAAAAGUCUAAAUUGCUCGAAGCAGAUUUCAGCUUAUUAUCGGAGCCAUGUGCCAUUGCCUUGAUCAGAAUCUUGGCACAGUACCCAGAUGUUCUUAAAAGAGCACUGAAGACAAACGAGCCGUCCAAUAUUGUCACCUAUCUUUUCAAUAUGACACAUGUAGUUUCACAAUGUUAUGAUAUAUUGUGGGUCGCAGGUCAAAAAGAAGAAUUGGCUACUGCUAGAUUGGCCUUGUAUGCAUCUGCCAAACAAGUGUUGUACAACGGAAUGACCUUGCUAGGUCUCACUCCAGUUGAAAGAAUGUGA